AGGGCAAUGGCUACCUAGUUCCCAUAAGAAGCCACGGGCGACAAAUCCUUCCCUUCGGUCUAGGGUUUCUUCCACCUGCCCCCUCCUCUCUCUUUCCUUUCGAUCCACCGCAUUAGCGUGGCCGCUCUCGGUAUCUCCCCUCGAGAAGGUCGAUUCUGGACGAGCCUUUUUUGUAGCCCAAGAUCUUGUGGAUUCGGUGCAGAUCGUCGAGGGUUUGGCGGAUCCGUCGAUGCCCUUGAACAAGUCGGCUGGCGGGUCUUCGGACCUCCGCCGGCCUCCUCCGUCCAAGGAGCCGGAGAACGAUGAAGCCCCCUCGAACACCCUCUGGGUGGGGAACCUUCCGGUUGACAUCACCGAUCCCGACGUGAUGGCCGUCUUCGCCAAGCACGGCGCGUUGGAUUGUACGACGAUGCGCGGGUCGAGGAGCUACACGUUCGUGUACUUCCGGACUGUCGACGAAGCCAAGGCCGCGAAGGAAGCCUUAAAGGGGUCUAUAAUCCAAGGGCAUGCGAUGAGGCUCGAAUUUGCCCGACCGCCAAAAGCAGCUAAACAGAUUUGGGUUGGUGGGUUUAAUUCAUCUAUAUCAAAGGAACAACUUGAAGACGAAUUUUUGAAGUUUGGUAAGAUUGAAGACUACAAGUUCUUCAGGGAUCGAAACUCAGCUGUAAUUGAAUAUUACAAAUUGGAAGAUGCCAUUGCUGCUCACAAAAGCAUGAACGGGAAGCGGUUAGCUGGUGAACAAAUACGUGUAGAUUUUCUGAGAUCCCAACCUCCUAGAAGGGUCUGUAGCCUGGUGGAUUGGUCUGACCGCUAUGAUUCAAGGAACGGAUACUUGAGCAACCGAACAUUGGAACCAGUAGAACGAUCUCUGCCUCCAGAUGACUUGAGAAACUUCCAUAAUUCUUCGUCCCUUGGGUCUAAGAGGGAUAUGCCUCAUGGAGUGCGGAAAGAUGGCCAUCCAAGCAACAUUCUGUGGGUAGGAUAUCCACCUUCUGUUCAGAUUGAUGAGCAGAUGCUUCAUAAUGCUAUGAUUCUUUUUGGUGAAAUUGAAAGGAUAAAGUGUUAUCCAUCGAGGCAUUAUUCUUUCGUAGAGUUUAGAAGUGUGGAUGAAGCUAGGCGUGCUAAAGAAGGUCUUCAAGGUCGUCUUUUCAAUGACCCUAGGAUACAGAUCUUUUUUUCAAACAGUGAAUUUGCACCUGGUAAGGAUAAUCUGCCAAUGGUCCCUUCAUUUAGAGCACAUAGACCUGAGAUGUUUUCAGAUGAAGGGCCUUUUGGACCUCUGGAAGUCUUGGGUGCUGGACGUUCAGUCACCUCAAGUAAAUUUUCUGGCUCACUACAUUCUAAUGUUAUGCCUGGAACAAAUAUCUUCACAAGGUCAUUUGGACCACAAGGAUUUGAUCUUCGCCAUGUGGAACCUGAGUUCCAUGAAUUUGGUGCUCUUGCACCAAAUUCUCUUGAUGUUGAUGCAAGCAAAUCCAUGCCGCCUAGUUGGAGACGUCGGUCUCCUUCAGCACCGGGCAUUCUGCCUUCUCCUUCAAGUGUAUUUCAAGCUGCCCGUCCCAUGCCUGAUGGAUGGGAUGGGGUUGACAUGAGAGAUCCAAAAAGGUUACGGGUGGAUGCUUCUCCCACCAAUGAUGGUUUUCUUCUGGCAAGGAGGGUUGAUGGCAGCAGCGUUGGAGAUCAUCCCUUUGUGUUUUCUCAUCCUGAUAGAGGUGCUUCAAGCCGAAGUCAACUUGGUUCUGUUCUUCACAGUCGUCCUAAUGUGCUUUUUUCUGAUAAAGACUACUGCUGGCGUGGUGUUAUUGCUAAAGGUGGAACUCAUGUUUGUUAUGCUCGUUGUAUACCGAUAGGAAAGGGCAUCGACCUUUCUUUGUCUGAUGUUGUCAACUGCUCAGCCAGAACUGGAUUAGAUAUGCUUGCAAAACAUUAUGAUGAGGCGAUUGGUUUCGACAUUGUCUUCUUUCUGCCAGACAGUGAAGAUGAUUUCGCCUCUUAUACAGAUUUUCUACGGUACUUGGGCUUAAAAAAUCGUGCGGGGGUUGCAAAGCUUGAGGAUGGUACUACACUAUUUUUAGUGCCUCCAUCUGAUUUCUUGACCAAGGUAUUGGGUGUCAAGGGUCCUGAACGUCUCUAUGGUGUUGUUCUGAAAAUGCCGCAACAAUCAACCAGUACAGUUGUGCAACAAUCACAACUAGCCAUUCCUCCCUUAACAUCCCAUCACAUUGAUCAGCAGGAGGCACCUAAUUUGCAGAAGUUUAUUUCCCGCAAUGAUGAUCAAGCAUCGAGAGUUGAUUUUAACCAGUCCUUGCAUGAGGAGGUGGCACGUCAUGCAGCAACUGAAAAAUUCCAGUUGGCACAUGGGGAUGAACAACGCCUAUCACAAUCAGCUGCAGUGGACCAGGAAAGCAAUGCUGCUGCUUCCCAGUCGAAGGUUUCCUUGACUCCUGAUCUGAUAGCUACUUUAGCUUCUCUUAUCCCUGGCAACAUUCAAUCAUCAGCUUCUGGUGCUGUUCAAUUGCCAUCUAGCUCCACUGUGCGAUCAGCUUCAUCUUUUACCUCUACGGUCCCUGAUGGAUCUGUGCCAUUUCAGAAUCGAAGGCAAGAUAACCAAAUUACUCUUUCUGUUACUUCCAUGGAGCAAUAUAGUAUGCCACCUCAUCUAGGACAAAAUUUCAGUCACCAGGCACCAUCGCUCCCUCAGUUCCCACCAUAUAUUAAUACUUCAAAUGGGGCUGACCCCCCUACACAACCAUUACUUGGUAUGCUGCAGAUUCAAAAUCCUGCUACUAACAUGCCACCAGCUCCUCCUGUUUCGACUAGCCUGUUGAAUAGUUAUGCAAUAUCACAACAUGGACAAUUUGCUGCCACCCAAAGCAAUCAAAUUUAUCAGCUUGAUACUCCUCUUACAUCUCGUGACAACUACGGAAGCUUACCAACAACAAAUGUUGGUGAUGUGUUUGGUUCGAUUGUCCAGCAGCAAUCGAGACUUGGUUCUUCAUCUGCUCAUGAUCUCAUUGGCAAUAUACCUCAGCAUCAACUUGCCAUGCCUGCAACAAAUGAUAAAGGGAAUAUGGAGAUCUCUAACCAAGGGCAACAAUUACAACCUGUUCUAGCUGGUUCUAGCCAAGGAACAUCCCAAGGUGAUGCUGACAAGAACCAGCGAUAUCAGUCAACACUUCAAUUUGCUGCUAACUUGCUUCUACAAAUUCAACAACAGCAGCAAGCAAGUGCUCACACUGUCCAAGGAUCUGGAAAUCAGCAGUGAGAAGUAAUUCUUGGUGUCAGGGAAUCAUCGUCGCUAUCCCACCACCAUCCAUCUGCAGUGGAGGGAACUCUUUUUGUUGAAGCCUGGCCGUGGCAACCUUGUGAACGGAAGUGGACAAUGUCAGUCUCUUUCUCUCUCUUGUUGUUUCACUGUAAGAAUAGGGAAAAAUCUUUCGCUAGCUUGACGAUGACGACGAGGAUGAGCUAUCUGCUGUUGGGUUUACUGGAUAUGGCGCUUGCCCGAACCAGAGGAUGUCUUUACCAUUUUGUCGACGAUUUUGUUUCUGUUCAUAUCUCGCUUACCACAUCGACGUUACUUUGUUCA